GACAAACUGAUCUGUUUAUAGACCGUAAGAUUUCCAUUUAAAUUAUUGGUAAACCUCUACAAAACCAAUUAAAUAGUCAAUACGAAAUGUCCAAAUAUUAUUCAGGAAGCUAAUUUGAAUACUGUAGUAUAGGCCUACUUAUAAGUUCUCCCUUGUAAGAUUGCUUUCAAUCAGAGACCUGUUGUUUCACUGAUACUCGAUCGCAGGAAGAAGUGGUAUCAGUAUCUAAACCCUCGCCCAGUGUGGAAGUGCUGGCCGCCGCCUCUGGAUUGGUGAAGCACUGGCUCUCACAGGCGACCUAUAGUCUGUCAGCUCUCACUGCUGAUAUCAGAGUGCGCGAGACUUCGACUUUACCGAGUCACACAGACGGAGUCAUGAGCCACUGAAGACUCCCAAGUUUUUACAUUCCUUUUCGGAAGGGUUGCCUUUUCAUCUUUGUUCAUGGGAUUCCCAGCUUAUUUUCUUUUUCUUUUUCAUUCAUUAUCAACUCUGAUGGGAAUGCAGUGGAAUACUAAAUGUUAUAGAAAGACAGGCAAGCAACACAUGGAACAAGGACUGGAUCAUCACAUCUAACAACAUGACAUGGGGUCAAAAUGGAUUUUAAAAUGUACAUUCAUUUUAUUUAUUUAAUACAGAAUCUCUCUGAAAAGUUUGAGGAGAAAUGUCUGUAGAUACUUUUUAAAAAUAUUUACAAAGUUCUCAUUUUUAAUUGGCGAUUCAACAAUCUGGAACAUUUUUAACAAAGUACCAUUUGAUUAUCGAGACUUCUGGUAAGGCUGAUACUUGGCCUCGUGAGGUGGCUGUUACUUGGAGCUGCAGCUAUGGACAUUGAGGCGAGGCAUCGUCCUUUCUCCCCAGCAUCCUCACCAUGCUGAGCAAUGUCUUCGACGUGUUGUACAUGAUUCUGGAGCUUCUGAUUGCCCUGCUCUCGAUCCUGGGCAACGUGUUGGUCUGCUGGGCAGUGGGCCUCAACAGCAACCUCCAGAGCAUCACCAACUUCUUUGUUGUUUCGCUGGCUGUGGCAGACAUCGCAGUGGGUGUGCUGGCCAUUCCCUUCUCCAUCGUGAUCAGCACUGGUUUCUGUGCAAAUUUCUACGGUUGCCUGUUCAUCGCCUGCUUCGUCCUAGUGCUCACCCAGAGCUCCAUAUUUAGUCUUCUGGCCAUUGCCAUCGACCGCUACAUUGCUAUAAAGAUCCCGCUAAGAUACAACAGCCUAGUAACCGGGCAGCGUGCCAGAGGCAUCAUAGCGAUCUGCUGGGUUCUGUCGGUUAUCAUCGGUCUAACACCCAUGCUAGGCUGGCACAAAGCCCGCUCAGAAGAGACCCUCAACGGCACCUGCCCACCUGGCAUGAUGGAGUGUCUGUUCGAGAAGGUGGUGGUCAUGGACUACAUGGUCUACUUCAACUUCUUUGCCUGCGUGCUGCUGCCUUUGCUCCUCAUGCUGGCCAUUUACCUGCGGAUCUUUAUGGCUGCGCGCCACCAACUCAAAUGCAUUGAGUCCAAGGCUGUGCCGUGUGAGCUCAAGUCCCGCUCCACCUUGCAGAAAGAGCUCCAUGCUGCAAAAUCUCUGGCGAUCAUCGUUGGCCUGUUUGCGGUUUGCUGGUUGCCACUGCACAUCAUCAACUGUUUCACUCUGUUUUGUCCAAAGUGUGAACGGCCGCCGGUUCUUAUCAUGUAUCUGGCUAUAAUUCUCUCACACGCAAACUCAGUUGUGAACCCGUUCAUUUAUGCCUACCGCAUACGUGAGUUCAGAUACACCUUCCGGAAGAUUGUGCGCUAUCACAUCUUGGCUAGACGAGAGCCUCUUCCUUGCAAUGGAAGCACCCGUACCUCAGUUCGAACGAGUGUGGCCGAUUCGCUUCGGAUUAAAGUCAACGGCCUGGUGCAAGACCUCUACACCGAACAGAGCAGCACCACCAGCAACUGUGAAAGUGCCGAACCUGGCCUCACGCACAGACCUGUUACCACAGAAAAACCCAUCUUAGACAGUCAGCCUAUGGAACGCUCUAAUUCUCAGAGACAUCCGGGACUGAGGCAUCCAGAGUCGCCGCUCACUGGGAAUAAUGAGGGUGAUGCAUGCAAGAAGCAUGCCAUAUUUGACAUUACGGAUGGGAAGGAUCCAUCCUCGCUGCUUUAUGUUGAAUCAGCUCUGUACCUACAAACAGCCCACUGUGUUGAACUCACAGAGGUUUCAUGAUAAUUAAUGCACUCUGAAUGAUGGAUUCUAGUUAUUUAUUAGCUGCAUUUGCUAAAAAUGAUUGGCUAAAAUAUGAAAUACAAAGUACAUAUUUUUGAUUCUUUAAGGAUUUGACAUUGAUGUGGACCUGUAGCAGCUCAGAAUUGUGUGUGUACAGUUUGAUAUUGUUAUGAGUGUAAAGAUAAUGUAAACAUAUUAAAGAGCAUCAAAAUGAA